CCAGUCGAUGGCCGAUCGCCAUAUUGAUAUAUAUGAACCACGUCUCGAUGGAGGCGGGCUGACCGUGGCCAUUCGAGCUGAUGAGGCCGAAGCCGAGGAGGAGGAGGGGCCGGAAAAUCAGGCAUUGGAUGUCGUGCAGGCCAAGCCGAAUGAGUUCUGGCGCUUCAUGCUGCGCAUGGGCCUCGGCGCCGUGAUGCACCCGUAUGAGUAUGCCAAGGUAUUGAUGCAGCUGGGCUUCGAGCCGAUGCCCGCCAUCAUCUCGACCAACUGGCUGGGGCGUUCCACCUUAUUUCUGCCCAGCGCAAAUCACUACUUGCGCUACAUCCGGCACAUUGACGGAGUCCCUGGCCUAUAUCGGGGCCUCUUUGCCCGCGUCAUGGGCAACACCGUCUACGCUACGUUCUCGGAGAGCCUGGUCAACUUGCUCGGCUGGAAGCACCUGGAGAUGCGAGCUCAUCCCUUUCGCGGAUAUCUUUCGAAUAUGCUGCGCGACGCACUCAUCGUUACAACCGGACUGGCCAUCUCGCAUCCGUUCUACGUCAUCGCGGUGCGCCAGAUGGCUCAGUUCGUGGGCCGCGAGGUGAUCUACUCGAGCUUGAAGGGCAGCGUCGAGGAGAUCCUAGCACAGGCUGGACCGCUCGGCUUGUAUGUGGGCUUUGUGCCACGCCUCCUCAGCGAUCUGGGCGUCCUUUUCUGUACCAGCACCCUGACUGCCAUUUGCGCCCGCUUCGGCUUGUUCAACUCCAGGCGUGGGGAGUACAACUCGGUGCUGAUUCAGUUUGGAGCCGUUAUGCUGUUCUAUCCGCUGCAAGUUGUGGGCGCCUGCAUGGCCUGCUCUGGCUCAGCUGUGGCAGCGGGCGCACCGCCCUAUAUGCCCGUCUAUGGGCAGUGGGUCGACUGCCUCUCGGAUUUGGUGGCACGCGGAGAUCAUUAUCGUGGCGCCUUCAUGUUUCGCCGCGCCCUGCCCAAAGUGCAAGUGCAACGCUCCCACGAUCCAUUCACAGUUUCCCGCCUGAUGUAGUCGACCAAAUG